CCGUACCAGCCGGGAGACUGGGUCCUGGUUAAGCGACACCGACAAGAGACCCUAGAGCCCAGGUGGAAAGGACCACUCCAAGUACUCCUGACCACACCCACCGCCCUGAAGGUAGAAGGCAUUGCGUCGUGGAUCCACUACACCCACGUCAAGCCAGUGGACCCAACCUCCGACCUUCUGGGGCCAAUCAUGGCGGCGGCUGAAGCACCGGACACGUGGACUGUGGACAGAGCUAAGAACAACCCCUUAAAACUCACCCUGCGCCGGCAGCAUAGCUCACUGCAAACAUGCAGAAUCUCCCUCACCGCAUCCUUCAUGGCGGCCGGACUGGCUGGGGGAGCCCUAGGUCACACCCUCAUAGAAAGUAACAAGCUGUACCAACAAUUUGCCAUUGCUACGGAGGAGUCAGCUGAGUCCCUUGCCUCCCUCCAGCGGCAGCUCACGUCCCUAGCACAGGUAACCUUGCAGAACUGGAGGGCCUUAGACCUACUCACUGCUGAAAAAGGGGGAACGUGUAUGUUUCUAAAGGAAGACUGUUGUUUCUACAUAAAUGAAUCAGGGCUUGUGGAAGACCGGGUCCAACAGUUACGCAAGUUAAGCACAGAAGUAAGAACACGGCAGUUUGCUUCAGCUGCAGACCAAUGGUGGAACUCAUCUAUGUUUUCUCUGUUAGCCCCCUUCCUUGGACCCCUGCUGAGUCUACUAUUUCUGCUUACCGUAGGACCUUGUGUUGUUAACAGAAUUUUGCGGUUCAUUAAAGAAAGGUUUAACACUGUACAACUCAUGGCCCUCAGAGCCCAAUACCAACCUGUAAACGCUGAAACAGAAUCAGACUUAUAAGACCCAAGACUGGCUCUAAAAAAUACCUGAAAAGAAAGGGGGGGAAUGAAAGGAGCCGGGCACAUUCCUCAGCCCCGGGCUCAAAACAAACAAGCCCAGUACAAACACAUCCCAUCCUCCCAUCCCACCACAUAUCGCCAUAUAUCUCUCAAACUUCCUGAGCCCAGUACAAACACCACCAGGAAAGUCUCCGAUAAGGGGACAGCCAU